GCACAGGAACUAAAGAUAAAAAUGGCUUUCUUAUAAUGAAAUGAAGCAUAUUUCUGUGUUGAGGAUGGGGAAAUGAUUGUACAAUCAACCAUCAUGUCUGUUUAACUCUAGUUGCCCCACUGGAAAAUACUGCACACGAGAAGACUUCCUCCCACUGAGGGACUUGACCUGAAGGAAAACCAGGACAGUUUGGCCACUAGAGGGCACCAAUAUCAAAGUGUUCCCACCCUGGAGUUACAAAUCUACCUCCAUUACAGACUGAGGGACUUUCCAGACUCCUUAAAGCUUAAGCAGGCAGACUUCCUGUAUUCCUACCCUGCACAGAAUAUGUGACAAAAAUUGAGUGUGUGACAAGCAGCCAGCACAAGAUCUCACCAUCAGUAUCAAAGACUCAUCUUGACCCUCCCUGGACAACAGACGCCUCCUUCACCACCUGACUGAUUACCCAUCAUGCCACUGAUCGUGUUUCCCACCUCCCACCUGCUAUGGGUGCGUGUAGCUGCCCUGCUGUUCACCUGCGUGGCGUUCAGCGUCGCGGCACACGGAGCCUUGCUGCCACACGGAGGCAUGGCCGACUGGUGCAUCUUCUGCUGGGCGUUCAGCUUCGCCUGCACCCUGCUGGUCCUGCUGGUGGAGCAGUUCGGCCUCCAGGCCCGAGCCCCGGUGUCCUGGGCCAAUUUUCCCAUCACCAUCGCCUGCUACGCCGCCCUCUUCUGCCUCUCCGCCUCUGUCAUCUUCCCAUUAUAUUUUCUCAGGGACCAGCGGUUCUACGGCAACUCUCGCGCCUAUCGCAUCGUCUCCACCAUCUUCUCCUGCUUGGCAGCGGUAGCCUACAUGGGGGAGGUGAGCCUCUCUAAAGCAAGGCCAGGAGAGGUGGCGGGAUACAUGGCAACAGCUCCAGGCCUGCUGAAGGUGUGCCAGACCUUUGUGGCCUGUAUUAUCUUCAUCCUGGUCAGCGACCCUGUGUCAUAUAACCACUAUCCAGCACUUGAGUGGUGCAUGGCGGUGUACUGCAUCUGCUUCAUCCUUUCGAUGGCUGUGGUGGUGCUGUGUGUGGGCGAGUGCACCGGCUGUCUCCCCAUCCCCUUCUCCAAGUUCCUGUCAGCUUACGGGCUCCUGGCGGUUAUCAUGUACUUGACCGCUACCAUCAUCUGGCCCGUGUUCCAGUUUGACAAACAGUACCAGCGUGGAAGCUGGAACAGUAAUCAGUCAAAACUGAUCACUGUGGCGGUGUUCACUGCCCUCAACUUCCUGCUUUACCUCGCUGACCUGGCCUACACUGCCAGACUAGUGUUUGUCACUGUCUAAGAAGAAAAGAGACGACGGAGGGAGACACAUUGAGUGAUGAAGAACAGAAAUAAACAGGAUAAGAGCUUAAACUGCUUCGCAGAAAAGUGUAGCUGACACACAGAACUCCUCCUUUUUUGUGCCUGAUUAUAAAAUGCUGAAAUGAAAUGCAAGGAAAGCCUCCCAAAAAACGCACUUGCAGUAUGUUUAUGUAUGCCCAGAUAUCUGCAAUGACAGUAUUUAACCUCUCAUGUCAACUGACCUGCGCUGAAUGUGCAACACAAGUAUUGCGUGAACGAUGUAAACGUGGGAUUUUGCGUGAUGGUGUGACAGAAACAAAGGCAGCAUGUAAUGCCGUUCAAACCCACUGAAGUCAACACACUGGAACACGGGUGAACAGCAGGAGAGGCGUUUUGGGACGUGGGAAGAAAUGCGUUUGCUGUAUCUGAGACACACAAGCAAAACAAAACAAAGAUUUGUUCAACAUCUUUCUUAUUUUCUUUUGUUUGUAAGGUUUUGGAUAAAAUACUUCAGCUGUCCUUUUGUCUUUCAGUACUGAAACAUGUGAAAGAUGUAAAUAGAGCAAAUAAAGGAAAUGAAAUGG